AUGAGUAUAUAUUUUUCUAGCGUCACGAACAUCUUCCUCGUGAACCUAUCUCUAGCUGAUCUGCUGGUGACGGGGGUGUGCAUGCCGAUUCAGCUCAGUAAAGCCAUCACUCUGGUCUGGUUUUACGGGGAGACUGUCUGCAAGAUCGUAAAUUAUAUACAAGGUGUUGUCGUCGCAGCUAGUGUAUUUACUCUCACAGCUAUGUCGGUGGAUCGUUCGUUGGCUGUCAAUAGCUCCAGAACCUCGGCUUCGCCCCCCAGCAGACGACAGGCUUUAUUAUUACUCACGCUGUUAUGGAUCGUAACUUUUUUGAUCUUCAUACCGCUAUUCUUAGUAGCGUCAGUUCGAAAAGAAUCUGUUCCAAUAAUAUCCAAGACAGAAAAAAAUAUUUCUAUAGAGACUAAAGAUGUACAUUUUUAUACAGAAGAUUGGCCCAAUCCAGACACGAGAAAUCAAUUUGGUACAUUUAGCUUUACGUUAGUGUACGCAAUACCAGGUUUGUAA